AUGCUGCUCCAGUCUCCAGAUAUCCAGGCGGAUUUGAACGAAGAAGCCCUGAAAACCAAGGGAAAGGUCUAUAAUAUGGGAGUAACCGGUUCAUCCAUGAAACGGAUAUAUGAACCUAUCCACGGCGACGACACAGACGCAGAGCUUUACCAUUCACUGAAAGUUACUGCGUCCCAUACUUGCCGCAAGUCUCAUGUUUGUCUUAUAGCACCCUGGAUAGCUUCCACGCUCUGCUUGUCCCUUAUCACCGGUUAUUUGAUAUGUCAACAAACAUACGCGUACGGCUCAGCGGCCUUUCCAACGGACCUUCGUGAUGCACACCCCUAUGUUAUGUAUGAGGAGCGCGUGUUUUCUGGGAAGCUUGCCUUCAGCAAGGAGAACGGCAAGGUCUACCGAGAUAUUGACUCAUCUCAGCCACAAUAUUUUGGACUUCCUUCUCCUGAUAUCGAUAACGCUUGGGCUGAUAUUCUACGAGGCGAGUUCGUGAGGAUGACAGACGAGGAAGCGGGACCAUACACACCAGAUCUCAACAAAUCUCCUUUUUCGCAUCACUACCACUUUGAGUGA